AGUGCGCGUCCAGGAGAGAAAGCGGAGGCGUGCAGUUCUUAAAGACCCCUUCUCAGUACUUCGGAGUUCCAUUCCCAGAACCCGAACUGUGGUGUGUAUGUAUAUACACUAAAAGUACUCCCCACAAUUCUUUGCUCCCUUUCCUAGCACUUCCUCCUUAUUUUAUGGACCGGAAGAGUCCGGGAGCCAAAAGAGCUCGGCAGGCACUUCCGGAACUGGAGAAGUGGGUUCCGGAAGGGUGUUGGAGGGGGAGAGAGAGAGGACGGAGGCCGCUGGAGGAUGAAGAAGGAGCAUGUGCUGCACUGUCAGUUCUCUGCAUGGUACCCAUUGUUCCGAAGCCUUACCAUCAAGAGUGUUAUUCUCCCACUUCCUCAGAAUGUGAAGGAUUAUUUACUUGAUGAUGGAACCCUGGUGGUUUCAGGAAGGGAAGAUCCUCCAACACGUUCUCAGCCAGACAGUGAUGAUGAGGCAGAAGAAAUACAGUGGUCGGAUGAUGAGAACACAGCCACGCUCACGGCACCAGAAUUUCCUGAGUUCACCACUACAGUCCAAGAAGCUAUCAAUUCCCUGGGGGGCAGUGUAUUUCCUAAGCUUAACUGGAGUGCCCCACGGGAUGCAUACUGGAUAGCAAUGAAUAGUUCUCUGAAAUGUAACACCCUCAGCGACAUCUUUCUACUGUUCAAGAGUUCUGAUUUCAUCACUCGUGACUUCACUCAGCCAUUUAUCCAUUGUACUGAUGAUUCCCCAGAUCCUUGUAUGGAAUAUGAGCUUGUUCUUCGAAAAUGGUGUGAACUAAUUCCGGGCGCUGAAUUCCGAUGUUUUGUUAAGGAAAACAAGCUUAUUGCUAUUUCUCAGAGGGACUACACACAAUACUAUGAUCAUAUUUCUAAACAAAAGGAAGAGAUUUGCAGAUGCAUACAAGACUUCUUCAAGAAACACAUACAAUAUAAAUUCUUAGAUGAAGACUUUGUAUUUGAUAUAUACAGAGACAGUAGGGGGAAGGUGUGGCUAAUCGAUUUUAAUCCAUUUGGUGAAGUCACAGAUUCACUGCUGUUUACUUGGGAAGAACUGAUAUCUGAACGAAACUUAAAAGGUGAUUUUAGUGAAGGAGAUGCUCUGGAGCAGGAUUCUCCAGCUUUCCGCUGUACAAACAGUGAAGUUACAGUCCAGCCCAGUCCCUACCUGAGUUAUCGGCUGCCCAAGGACUUUGUAGACCUCUCUACUGGGGAAGAUGCUCAUAAACUCAUCGAUUUCCUUAAACUGAAAAGAAAUCAGCAAGAGGACGACUGAAGGGAGUGCUAGAGUUCAAGGCUGAGUUAAGGAAGAAACCACUGCUCCUUCAGGAAACUGUUCGUGGUUCAGAACUUCUGUUAACCCAGUCGGAUGGGGGUGGGGUGGGCAAUGUGGAAAUCAACAGCUUUUUAUAUUCAUGUAUCUUAAGAUGGGAAAAAACAAGGGACUUUGCUACUUGUAAAAAUAACAUAAUAAAUAGAUCUUAAACAUAGGAAACCAUACUGUUCUGAUGGUAAAAUACUUUCUAUGAAAAAUACCUUUCUCUUUUGGCUCAGUCUAUUUAGAUAUAUCUAUGUUUACCUGUACUAUUUUUAUACCUAUCAGGUAGAUGGGCAAAUUUAUAUUUGUUAUACAGAAGUGGAUUCUUUCCUAAUCACUCCUUUUCCAUUGAAAAAAAUAGAACUUCAUAUUACUAUAGAAAAUGUUUUUCCUACUUGGAGGAUUUUCAUAUAAUCUUUCUAUCAGUUUAGCUUCAGUUUGGGUAUAGCUAAAAGAAUACAGACUUCUCAAAGUGAAAUAACUUUGAAAAUUUCAAUAUAUUACAACCACCUUAAUAUGCAGGGUAGGGCAAAAGUAGAUUUACAGUUGUGAGUAUGCAAAACCCAGUUGGUUUUUUGCAUUAUUUAUUUAUUAUUGUAUUAUUUUUCCAUAUGAACAACUGUAAACCUACUUUUGCCCAAUCCUCUAUAUUACUAAAAUGAUCACAGAUUUAAUUAGAAUUUGGCCUUUUUAAAAAAUACUGGGCCCUGACUGGUGUGGCUCAGCACAUUGGGCGUCAUCCUGAAAGGUCGCCGGCUCAAUUCCCGGUCAGGGGACAUGCCUGGGGUGCCGGCCAGCUCCCUGGCUGUGGGGUGUGCAAGAGGCAACCAGUUGUCGCUCUUGCACAUCUAUGUUUCUCUCCCUCUUUUUCUCCCUCCCUUCCCCUCUCUCUCAAAAUAAUUUUUAAAAAAUCUUUUAGAAAAAUAAUGGAAUUGUUGGGAGGCAGAUUCACUUUCUUAGGCCACUCUUUUAGUAAUUGUUCAUCAGUGGCCUAAUUGAUGAUGAUGAUGAUGAUGAUGAUGAUGAUGAUGAUGGUACUGCUGAUACCUUACUAACUCAGCACUGACUAUAUGCAAGACACUCUGCUAAGUGCUCUUUACUUGUUUUACAUCACAAAGCAAUUUGAAGAAACAUAUAAUAGUUGCCCAGGUUAUCUAUUUAGCAUGGUAUCAAAGAAUAUGUUACUAGUUGGAGAGAGGUUUCUUAGCACAGGAAACAAAUAUGCUGCCCAAGGAAGAUAUGGAGAGAAGUGAGGCAGACUUGCCUUUUUUGUACAGUGAAGUCAGAUUGCGUAUAAUGAUGAAGUGUUUCUUUUUUGACUAUCUCAAAACUCUAGCUUUCUGUAUGGUGUCUCAGUUGCAAUCACUUGAUGUUAGUGUUUUGAAUACAAAAU